CGAACAUUAUAAAAUCGUUGCAGUUCUUUCUGUUCUGCUAUUUUCAAUCUUUGUCCAAAAAAUUUCAUUGACAAGUGGUCUUCUUCACCAUUUUCUCAGAUCUUGCUCUUUUCUUCAAUAGCGGAAUCUAUAUCUGAACUUGCCUGCAACACGCGCAAUCCAAUUCCAAUCAUUCUUGGAAAACAACACAAUCAUGCCAUCAGUCGCAACCCGCGCAGGAGAUGUCUCCUACUCCGUCAACGGCACCGGGUCUCCCAUCUUCCUCCUCCACGCAAACCUCCACUCAAGCCAGGAUUUCGCUAGCAUUAUCCCUGAACUGUCUCUCCACUACCAAACGUUCGCCAUCGACUUCCCCUGGCACGGGGCCUCCACUGGUACCUCCGAUAUCCAACCAACGGCUCCCCACUUGGCAGAUGCCCUUGAAGACCUUGUCAUAGCCCUGGAUCUUCCUCCCGCAGUCUUCAUCGGCAACUCAGUCGGCGGCUUCUCUGCCGCCCGGCUCGCUAUCACGCACCCUGAGAAAGUCAAAGGCCUAGUACUAAUCAACAAUGGGGGCUUCAUACCGUGGUCUUUUGCUUUGAAGGCAGUAGCGCGCCCGCUCAGUAUCCCAUGGAUUAACAGGCUCGUCAUGCCAUCCUUGGUGUGGAAAUACAUGCUCCCGCAAACCGACCUGGAUAAAUCUAUCGCUGAACAGGUAUCUGCCAGGGCCAAGACAAUUGAAGGCUCAAAAGUCGCGGCGGGUAUCUGGUCCAGUUUCCCAAGCCCGGAACAUGAUUUAAGAAGCCGAUCAGAAGAGUUGAAGGCACCCACGUUGUUGGUUUGGGGGAAGCGGGAUCCGGUCGCUCCGCUGAGUGCUGGGAUUGCUACACAGAAGUGUAUCAAGGGAUCGAGAUUGGAGGUAUUAGAUACAGGGCAUGUGGUAUUUGCUUCGAGACCGGAGGAGUUUCUUGAGCUGGUUGAGCCUUUUGUUAAGGAGUGCUUCAAGACUGGGUGAAAAUGACAAAUUGAAAGUAGGGGAUGAAUGGUAUCUUGGAAGGCUUUUAUUAUUUGGGUGUGGACGAUUUAAUAUUGGGAAUAUUAAUGCCUAUGAUGGACGGUAUGGUAUGACUUGUGUACAUUUUCCAUUUUCUGUUCGUUCUCUUAUGGCACUUUCUAAAGCCGAACAGGCACUUGGAAGGCGAAGAUUUAAACUCACCAGUUCCC